CAACGCGCAGGAGUGAUUCUUCUCUGAAUACACAGAGAUGCACAACGCUGCUUGUCGCUCUGUUAAGAAGAUACAGCUGCAGUUGUUUCUCAUAUCGUUGAAAAGAGCAAUGACCAACGUACCGCUGCUAUUUGCUGUGACAGUUUUCUUGUUUCAACUACAACUUUCUCAAGGAAAUGAAAUAUCUUUACUAUCAGCAAAAGCCGAAUUGAGCCCCGAUACCUUCACAUCUGCUACAAAUUCUUCUAGACAGUCUAGUGCAUCUGUGGCCAUUGAUGGAGACAACAGAAAAGGACGUGCCGGUGGAUCGCAAGAGGAAUUUCUGAAAUGUGCAUCUACGUCCAUGAAGCAAAAAUCACUAAGUAAUCCGGUGAAGCAUUUGUUAGUAAGAAUGGAAAGAGCAGAAUACAUCUCGUAUGUAAGACUACAUUUGAGAGAUGGAUUAAGGAGACAGCACUUGCAGAACGGUCUAACGGUUAGUGUGGGUAACAGCCCUGACAUCCAACAUGCCUCAUCGUGUGGUAACGAAGCGUACAACGCCGUGCGUCAUGGACAAUCACCGUUCUUUAUUUGCAUGAAUUCUGCACAGUACAUUUGGAUCGUUUUACGAAAUAGUCGAUGGCCACUUCAAGUAUGCGAAGUACGCGCAUAUAGUGGUUACAUGAAUUUGACUGCUCCAGGUAUCGCAUCAUUGUCACACGGUUCAUUUCAACAAGUGUCCUUUGCUAGUAAUGCUGUUGAUGGCAAUUCCGCUAUUGGAAAUUCAGGAGGUAACGGAUUUCUAAAAUGUGCUAUCAAUGACAUUGGUAAUAGUGAAAAAGAUCAGCUUCAGUUUCUUCGUAUCUCUUUGGGUCACGAGCAAGAGGUUCUGUUCAUUCGACUGCAUUUGAGAGAUGAAAGUCGCCGCUACUCACACCAACAAGACUUGCUUGUUGGGGUAAGUAGCUCACACCAUGUACAUGAUUCCCAAAAACAAUGCGGCUCCGCAUAUGAUAAAAGUCAAGGACAGUCACCAACUUUUAUCUGCAAAGCUACUGGAAGUUAUGUCUGGUUGACCUUGACGUCACCACAUUAUCUGCAAGUCUGUGAAGUAGAAGUAUAUGCAGUCGUUCGCUGCGUUUCUCUCAGUCACCCUGCAAAUGGACAAUAUCGCAUAACAAGUGACUCCGUAGGUGGAUUUUUGUCGGUUAAUUGCAACCAAGGAUAUGCUCCGACGUCACCAAAUCAUGCUACAUGUCAAAGCAGUGGAAACUGGAGUCAACCAAUUCCGACUUGCGAAAUAGAGGUAAAUUGUGGACCUCCCCUCAAUAUAACAUUGGGACAAUAUUCUGGAAAUGUCUUCACGUACAAAGGAAAAGUGGAAUACGGCUGCAAUAACGGCUAUCACUUGGAAGGUCCCAACAUCGUCAUAUGUCAGCUGAAUGGAGCAUGGAACACAACGGACAAAUUGAAGUGUAAACCUCAUUGCCUUAAACCUGACCAUCCACAACACGGCAGAGUAAACAUUUUGACAAAAGUUGCAAAUGAAGGACAGCUGGAUGUUGGUACGAGCGUUCAGUACGUCUGUUUUGAAAGCUACGUACGGGACGGAGACAACACGAGAACAUGUAUCAGAUCGCUCAGAUGGUCAGGAAGAGCUCCCACGUGCAGAAAGGGAGACUGUGGAAGGAGUUUUACCACCCCCAACGGUAGAUGCACAUCGAGUGGCAGUUAUAUGAACGACAGAAGAACGUGCACAUGCAAUGAAGGCUACAAGUUUUCAAAUUCUCUAGAUAAACAAGAAAUUGCAACAUGUGUAAUAAAUAAGAAUGUGGCUUCUUGGAACAAACCUCUACCAAGCUGCAAACCGAUAACUUGUCCUGAACUAAAUGAAUCAACAAAUGCUUUUAUGAAGUACGGAGGGAAUUUCUACCGAAACGUUACAACAUUUAAGUGUCCGUCGGGAUUUAUACUGCGAGGUUCUGAUAGCAUAUUUUGUCAGCAUGAUGAAACGUGGUCGGGACCGCUACCAUCGUGUAUCAAAAAACAAUGCCGUCCAUUAACAUUUUCAGGACAUGGCACAAUGCACACCGAAAAAAAAUCCAAGCCAUUUGAAUACGGUCGUACUGUCUACUAUAGCUGUAACAGUGGCUACAUUUUAAAAGGGUCCGUAUUGAGAAAAUGUCAGGCAUCAGGACAAUGGACUGGAACCCAACCAGUGUGUCAGCAAAUACAAUGCCCGAACAUUUCUAAAGAAGCCAUAAACAAUGGACGCAUUCUUAACACCAAUAGACUAUUUGGAUCGCUAGCUGUGUACGAAUGUAAUGCGGGAUACCGCGUUGUUGGAAACAGAACUAGAACAUGUCAGCAAAAUGGAACAUGGUCUGGCAAUCCUCCCAUUUGUCAAGGCAGCAAAUGCGAUACACUUAUAUCGCCAAACAACGGCAACGUUACUAUUAAAAUUUUGCAAUCUGUCGCCAUCGCUACGUAUUCUUGCAAUGCAGGAUAUACAUUGGAAGUCGGAGGCAUUACUAGAGUCUGUUUGCCAAACGGAGUGUGGAGUGGAAAUCAACCGUCGUGUAAACAAAUACAGUGCCCGGAUAUUUCUAAAGAAGCCAUCAAAAAUGGCCGCAUUGUUAGCAACAAUAGGCUGUUUGGAUCGCUAGCUGUGUACGAAUGUAAUGAGGGAUACCGCAUUGUUGGAAACAGAACAAGAACAUGUCGACAAGAUGGAGCAUGGUCAGACGACCCUCCCUUUUGCCAAGGUAACAAAUGCGAUACACCCAGAGCGCCAAACAAUGGCAACGUUACGACUGAAACUCUACAAUCUGUCGUCGUCGCUACGUACUCUUGCAAUGCAGGAUAUACACUGAAAGACGGAGGUAUUACAAGAGUCUGUUUUCCAAAUGGAGUGUGGGGUGGAAAUCAACCAUUGUGUAAACCUUGCAGCUGCGAUUCUCCUCAAUCACGUCGAGAUGCGAACAAGAAACGUCACGCUGUUGUUUUGCUGCAAAUAACUUCUUCAGCGCAAGAAAUACAAGAAGAAAUAUCAUACAAAGCUAAAAUUAAAAAGAUCUGUCGCGCCAACAAUGCCGUAGCACGCAAGAUAAAAGCUGGACAUUUUGCGUCCCUUACUGCAACACAGCGAACUCAAGAUGGAACUUGCCGUUGCCCAAACUUUCAGAGAAAAGUUGUGUACGCGGUAGGAGUUAACAUCAACAGCAAAUCCGGAAAAAACUGGAAACUUGAAGUACCGCGGAACUUUUAUGUAGCAAAAUCCAAAGUUUGCUAACUCAAACUUGCAAUAUUGAAAUUGCUAUAAUUAAUGAUUGUUACAAAAGCACGUAUUAUUGGAUAGUACUAAUGUGCUUUGAAUAAUGUUUGUGUGAAGGUAUGAGCAGUUCUAAAUUACUUUCAAAAACACCUCUGGUACGAAACAACAUGAUCAAAAUUUGUGA